CUGGCCGGGGCCGUGCCGGGAGGCUGAUAGCCCCUGGCCCGGGCUGGCUGCCCCCAGGGUGGUAAGCGCUGUGCACAUGAGAUGCGCGCCGAGCAGGGUUCGCAGUCAGUGCGGCGCUCUGGGGAGCGGACGCGGCGUUUGCACUGUGGGGAACCUGCCACUGCUCUGGGUGCAGCCGGGAGAGUCCGGGGGCCGCCGCGAGCACCGCGCGCGGGGCUUUGCACUCAGUGUCGGUGUCACUCGCCAUGCGCUGCUGGCUGGCUGGGCGAGGAAGGGGGAGCAGAUGCACCGCCACAGCAGCACAGCGGCGCGGGAGGCUUGCAGGGUGCCGCCACCAAACUACAACUCCCGGCAUGCCUUGGGCGGAGCCGGGCCUGAGGCGCAGCCGCAGUGCUGCAGCUCCUAGGCGGCUGGUGCCACGUGGUUUCAGCAUGGCGGCUGUGUUUGCGGAUCUGAACGUCCCGGCCGCGCCGGAGAGGAAGUCGCUGCAGAGUUUGCUGGAGGCCGCCGCGCACCUGGGAUAUUCAACUGUUGCUAUUAACCAUGUCAUUGAUUUCAAAGAAAAGAAACAGGAGAUUGUCAAACCAAUAUCUCCUUCAGAACUGUUUCCAUCUUUGCCUAUUGUACAGGGAAAAUCCAAACCAAUUAAAAUUGUAACCAGACUAACACUUGUAGUUUCGGAUCCUUCUCACUGCAAUGUAUUGAGAUCAACAUCUACAAAUAUACGGUUGUAUGAUAUCAUAGCAGUGUUUCCAGAGACAGAGAAACUGUUCCAUGUCGCUUGCACAAAUCUAGAUGUGGAUCUGAUAUGCAUAAAUGUAACAGAAAAGCUGCCAUUCUACUUCCGAAGACCCCCUGUUAACAUGGCAAUAGAUCGUGGUGUUUACUUUGAACUUCUUUACACCCCUGCCAUCAAAGACUCCACAAUGAGAAGAUACACAAUUUCAAAUGCUCUGAGUCUGAUGCAGAUCUGCAAAGGAAAGAAUAUAAUUAUAUCUAGUGCAGCUGAAAGGCCAUUAGAACUUCGAGGUCCUUACGAUGUGGCUAAUCUAGGUUUGUUGUUUGGCCUGUCUGAAAGUGACGCCAAGGCAGCUGUUUCUACCAACUGCAGAGCAGUCCUUCUUCACGGAGAAACCAGAAAGACUGCUUUUGGGGUGGUGUACACCAAGAAAACCCACCGAGCUUCAGAGGAGGAGGGUGUUCUCCCAGUCCGCAAGAAAGCCAAGACUGAAGUAUGAGGAUCAAACCCAACUUCUGAGCUUCUACAAAGUCCUUUCUUCCCAUGCUACCCACCCACAAUGCCUUGAUUCAUUAUUUUAAUUUGUUCAGCUAAGAAUCUUUUAUUAAAAAAAAAGUUUGUGCAUGAAUAAGGGUAUUGAAAUCCAUAGCAUUUCACCGCAGCAGAACGAUCAUACUGCUGAUGGUAAAAGGAUAAUGUAGGACUAUUUUGCCAUUUUUGUUAGAGCAGUGGUCUCUUCCCUACCCCUCCCAAUCGCUGGAGGUUAGAAAGGUGUAGUGUUUGUAAUAUUAGUGUGAAAAACGUUACAGCAUGAAUUUUACAGCUACAUGUCUUUCUAUACGUUUACACGAUUUUACUGUUAGCCCUACUAAAACGUGAUCACCGCUUCUUCUCUUCAUCAAAGUUUAGAAAGUUUACAGAUAUUUUACCUUACCACUGCAAGCCAGUACCCACAAUCCCCCAACUGGCAUAAGAAAAAUAGUUGCAUGGUCCAAAUAGCCCUCUCUAAUUUUGUUUCAUUAUGAUAGUCUACUGAAACAGAGAUUCUGGCAUCUUUCAAUUGCAAGGAAAUCCCUUGUCAGUUAUUUGUAUUACAAUAUCUCCUACUGGCUUGAGCCCAUUAUAUUAGACAUGAUACAAGUAAAAGACAGUUCCUGCCCAGAAGAUCUUAAAAUCAAAAUAUAAUAUGAGACAGCGGCUAGUUACAGCAGACAGACAAGAAGAGCCUAAGGUAACACUUAGCUGAGUGUGAUCAAUACAAUAAGCAGUGGUCACAGCAUGCUAGCUGCCUAACCCUGGUAACCUUAGACAGAUAAAACUUGCAUCAGGGUCUAUGCUCUCCAGCAAGAGCAUCUAUUUUGUUACCAGUUCCUACCUCAAUGCAUAUCAUCCAGCUGCCUGCAGAUUAUAAUCAACUCCCUCCUGCAAAAUAUUUUUAGGGCUCUUCCAAGUCUUGAUUAAGGCUUUUCUAUUGAUCGUGAACUAAUAUGAAAGGGGUAAGAGACUGUAAUGGACCAGCUGUGUGUCAAACUAUGACAAUUUCAGCCCUUUGGCCACCUCUGGAAGCAAGCUGAGAAAUGCUAAUUAUAGCUUGUAACAUACUGCAAGGGUCCUUUUGCAGUAGAUUUAUAGAAGGUAAACCUCAACAAUUGGAUAAGCACCAUGGAUGGAGUUUUGCUUUAAAAUUCACGAACACAUUUAGAAAUGGACUGUGUUAGUCACAAGAAGCUUUUACUUUGAGGAGCAUACAGUGCAGUUUUUUCCCUUGAUGUUGUUUGACUUUGUGCUUGACCUGUGUCUUCUUGUCAGUCAUUGAGUGUCAUUACAUUAGUUUGUCCUUCAGUGAAUCAUAAACAAGGUCCUGACAUUCUGGCCAAAACAAAGGGGGAGACCAAAUCCAGCUGACUGCUAAAUACAGGAGUGACACUGCCUUCUCUUGCCAUGGCCAGAGAGGUACUUUGAGCAAGAGAGAAAUUGCUUGUUGAAUGAUGCAGAGAGAGGGGCUUGUGAAUGUGGAACAAGCAGCAUGGUGACCUGGCUUGCUAUUUGACAUCAGUUCGAGCCUGGACAUAACCUUGCUAACAGCCUAUAUUAUUUGUUCUUCAUCUCCUCCCCCCCAAGCACUAAUAGAAUAGUAGGAGACACAACAUUUAAUUCUUUAAAUUGGAUAUUUAUUUUUUUUGGUCUCUCACUAACCUCUGAUGCCUGGACUGUAUAAAUAUUUCUCAAGUCUAAAUGUGGACAAAAGAAAAAGUCAGAGCCUAUUUCAUGUCCUAUUUCCAGCAAGUUUUGUUCUUAGCUCUCAUGAACACAGCUGCUCGGUUGUACGUGAGUGGUGGGCAGUGACAGGGAUCUACUAUGACCCAACGAAGAGGACCCUCUUAUUAAGUCCCAGCAUUUACAGAGAUUUUUUUAAAUACUUACAUAUAGUGGGCUGGAUUAAUUAGGGGGUAAUUUUUGUCUGAAGAGGAUGAUCUGUUUCAUCCGUCAUCAUGAUAGGUGGCUGCUAAUAAAAUUCUAUAGGUAUUGAUGAUUUGUGAGUAGAUCACAUCUGUGCUCUUUGAUUGUCAUAUUUGGUUAUAAUCACUGAUAUGCAAAACCACACUUUUGUAAUACAAUAUUCACACACACUGCCAAAGUCUAAAUAUAAUUAACCAUUUCUAAAUGACUGUCCAUACCCCAUCAUUUGCAGCAGUGUAUCACCAGGACUUGAUUUGGGUUUCUUUCUAAUGUUUGCUGAGUAAAGUCUCACUGAACUGGGAGAGGGGGGAUGUACACAAGGGGACAGUGGUAGUUCUCUCAUUCGGGAGGCUGUGACACUGGUGUGUGGUUUUAAUUAAAUGCAGUGUAAAAGCCCACUAUAACAUUAAAAGAUCUAGAACUCCCACUUGGUGCAUCCACAGGGAUUAGAGUAAGGGAGAGCAGAGGAAAAUAUAGUUUUGGUUUCUCUACUAGAAGCAAAGGGAGAGCUGCUCUUCCUCUCCCAACAUGAGCGAGUACAGUUCCCCACUUCCUUGGCUGGUGCUGCUCAAGCUUCCCAUCCUGUUUGGCUGUGCUUUAACUACUGCUUAGCUGAGGAGCUGAUGCCUAUUCAAACUCAAAACUGAAUUUUUACCACUAUCUAACAAUUAAAAAAAAAAAAAGGCUAAAAAGGCAUUUAAUAAUGAAAACACAGUACUUUUGAGCUGGUAGCUCCAAGUAGCUGAGUAAUUUUCUAAAGAAAUUACACCUAAUCAUUGUUAGCUAACAAAGGGAAAGAAGCAGACUGCCUGGCAGCAUCAUGGUACUCCCUCCACAUG